GUUACUCUGAGGUUUAAACUAAGAAGUGCGAUAACUAAGUGUAAUAUAACUAAUCAGUAAAUAAUGCUUCAACAAUAAACGCACGUCAAAUAUAAAUUUGGAUGAGAUAUGAGAUAGAUAUCAAAUUUUCUGUUUAUCCCGCAAUAUGAAUAUGAUCCAGUAACACAGCAACAAUGCUAACAUUAUGGGCGUCAAGCUUCAACACAUCCUGGGAAUAUUCCUGAUUUUUCAAAUAUGUAGUGCAACCGGUAGCAGCACCUCUUCGGAGAGUGUUGACAUAGAAACAAACGACACUAAAAUAAACCAGAUAGAGAAACUACCAAAGACAAAUGCCGAACUGAACACAGUAGAUCAAGAAAAUACUCAAAAAAAAGUGGACGAUGAUCCCGAACACAUCAAAACAACCCCACCUACGCAUACAACAGAGCAGAAAUCGAACAAUUUCCUCGUCAAAGAAGAUAACAAAGAAAACUUCAUCACUCAAGACUCCAGUAGCGAUAGAGAAGACAAGGCUAGGGCGAUCGAUAUCCAAAAGUUCAUAUCACCAGAAUUCCAGAACAAUGUCUACAGUUACCCUGUAUCUUCAGACACCGAGAAAUAUUCUGAAGGAUCAUUCCAUAAGUCCACCACUAACACACAUACCGAUUACUCGAAAUUUGAACUAACAACGCCCAAAACACAUCUCUUCGAUAAAAAAUAUGAAGAAGCCAGGCAAAAACUAGAGCAAGAAUAUGAAGAAAAUGCACAGGACAUCAAUUCACAUGAUGAAGACGAAGAACCUCAAGGCUAUGAAUCCCAUGAAGCUUUGGACGAUGAAGAACCUCACAUGGAUAAAAUAAGUGAAGAUCCAGUUCCAGAAUCUAAUUCCACUCUAGAUUACAAAGAACAAAUAAACAUAUCCAAAGAUAACGUCAUCGAAAAAAAUUCCAAUCAAAAUUCGUUCACUAUUGAACAGGUCAAGAAAGUCCUCUUCUCUUCAAUUUUCAAUGAUACCAGCACUUUCGGAUACGAUUCCAAGGAAGACACUGUAUCUCCUAAACCCCUUAUCCACCCUACUGAGAAGAGCAUCACGUUAACAAAGCCCACUGCGAACAAGAACAACAGUCAUAUUCUAAGCAACAAAAUAGAAUCUGAGACUAUCAAAGCCAUAGGUACUGAAGCUACUACUGAGAAAGAGAAGAUGGAGUCCAAAGAACAAAUAGUGGAAGAAAACAGGGUUAUAGAAUCGGAAACUAUCAAAGCCAUAGCUACAGAAGCUACCACUGAGAAACAGAAGAUGGAGCCCAAAGAACAACUUGUGGAAGAAAACAAAGUUAUUGAAUCUGAAACUAUCAAAGCCAUAGAUACAGAAGCUACCACUGAGAAACAGAAGAUGGAUCCCAAAGAACAAGUAGUGGAAGAAAACAGAGUUAUUGAAUCUGAAACAAUUAAAACCAUAGGCACAGAAGCUACCACUGAGAAACAAAAGCUCGAGCCGAGAGAACAACGGUUAAUUCCAGUAAAUGCAACUACAGAAAGAGAUGCAACAACAGCUGUGGAUGUCGACUCAACCACAUUAUUGGAAGAACUCACUACACCUAUCGUAAUUCCGGUAACUACAGAGCAGUUGACUGAAACAACGCAAUUCACUACUGAUGAAGUACUGUCCACGAUAGACAACUCUGAACCAACUACAACAGAAGGAACAACUCAAUUUAUUACCACAGCCGAUGGUGAAUCGUCAACUGAAGAAACUACCACUGAAGCAGCUGAAACAACUCAUGGCAUACCAGUUACUGCUACUAGUGCUAGGGUGUCAAAAGGUAUGACAAUGGAAGAACCUCAAUCAACGGAGGCUAUGACCGUUACUACAACCGAAGCUGAACCAAUUGAUGAAACCACCACGGACUUAAUUACAACUGAAUUGCCUCAAUCAACCAUCGAGGAUACUACUCCAGAGCUACCUGAGCUAACAACAACAAGAAAAGGAAUAAGUACAACUGAAACAUCGGUCACUAACGAAACUUUAGUACCAUCAACAGUUUCAUUUCCUGUAACAACAAUCGAGUUUAUACACGUGGAAACCAGGGACAAUCACACAACGCUGGUACCAGACACUCUGAGCCCCAAUUUGAGUUAUCCGACUACAAAUAACGAGUCUUCAGCUUCGAAUGAUACAGGGCGUACUGGUUCAGAGCCUACUACUACUGCUGGUACCACGGAGGAUAAUAGCGAAUCUGCGGAGUCGUCUGCUAGUACUGACAGUACCACUUUGGACAAUCCGGACGACAGUAAAGGAAAGAUAAUUGCUAUCGUUAUCUCGUCUGUCGGUGCUGUGUGUUUGAUUCUAUUGGCUGGAUUGUUGUAUGUGAUGAGGAAGAGACAAAAUCGGUUCAAUUACAAGCAAAGGUGCAGACCAGUGAAUUUGGACGACUACAGUGUGGACAAUAUAUCCGUGUACAAUAGCGUGAGACGAAAAGCUGAAAGGCAAUCCAAGAGAUCGUACGGAAAUCCUGCUUUUGAUGAUCCCGUGGCUGUGACUCACCCCCUGAAUUUCCCGGCAUUGGCGAAAUUUUCUGCCAACAACGAAGACAUCCGAGCGGAAUUCGAGGAAAUUCCCCAAAUCUCCGCCAAAACCAGCGAAUUGCCGCAAGGCUGCGAGACCAAGAACAGGUACGCCAAUGUGAUACCUCUGCCAGAAACAAGGGUGUUUUUGCAGCCGAUCGACGGGUAUCGCAACAGCGACUAUAUCAAUGCCAACUUCGUUACGGGACCCAAGAACACCAGAGGCUAUUAUAUAGCGACCCAGGCGCCAAUGGAAGACACCGUAGACGAUUUCUGGAGGAUGAUUUGGGAGCAGCAAUCCAAAGUUAUCUUGAUGAUAACACUCCUCUUCGAAAAUGGAGUGGAGAAGUCCGUUGAUUAUUUGCCACCUUCCGAAGUGCUAGACUGUCACAGACUGUUUGGAGAUUUUCAAGUGACACUGAAGAGGAGGGAUGUCAAAGAAAAAUAUGUCAUCUCUAGUCUUCAACUGAAAAAUAUGGUUUCGAAUAGUUGGAGAGAAAUCACACAUUUUUGGUACUUGGGAUGGCCAGAAAAAGGAGUCCCGAAUGAAGGAAACUCACUGAUUGCUUUUCUUAUAGAAGCCAGGAGUUUCAUGAAAUCAUCAACGAUAGACAAGAAUCACGUGACGAACGGAAGCAUGAACGGCACGUCGGGCACCGAAGUGAACCCCGUGGUGGUCCAUUGUAGUCCCGGCACUGGCAGAACGGGGGUGGUGAUCACUUGCGACAUCGCCAUCAGGGAAUUCGAGCAGACGCGAUUGGUCGAUAUUCCCAAGAUCGUGUACAGGAUACGCCGGGAUAGGGCCGGGGCAGUGCAGACCAAGGAACAGUACAACUUCAUCUAUAAGGUCGUCAGUCUCUAUGCCACCAAACUCACAGGUGGAUCGUUGGAUUCUUUUUAAAAUAAGUAUAAACGGAUGUAAUAUGUAUUUAUACUUAUAUUUUAUUUCCUAGUUUGUUAAUAUCAUUGUGAUACCUACCUAGUGAAUGUAUAUUCUAGUAGAAUAGUACUGGAUGAACAUAAUAUAAUUCGUAGUCUUUCAAAUUGUUUAUUGUAAAUAUUAUUAUGUUUCAGGUUCUCAGAAAACAUAUCUGUUAACUAAUUGAAAUUGAGUUGUAUUGUUAUUGAAAUGAGAAUUUGAAUGCUCUCUAUCUGAAAUUAAAUGUGAUUUAGUUUUUUACUUAUGUUGCGUU